CGGGAAACUGUGAAGUUAAACGUGUUUUAAUAUUCCUGCAAAAACUGGCGCAAAAUUGUCUCGAUCAUCAAUUGCAAGAUGGUUAAGGGUAACGGGAAAGCUGACAAGAAUCAAAAUAUACAAGUGGCAGUUAGAUGCAGGCCAAGAAACCAGUCUGAAGUUAAAGCUAGCUCCCCGUCUGUUGUUGACUGCUUUCCAGACCAGAGAGAAAUUCAUGUAAAGCAGGACCUCUCCUAUCUGGAUAGAGGAAACAAAAAGACAUUUGUCUUCGACAAAGUUUUUGGGCCAGAUUCAAAGCAGAUAGAUGUAUACAAUCACGUUGUGAGUCCAGCAAUAGAAGAAGUACUUAUGGGAUACAAUUGCACCAUUUUUGCUUAUGGACAAACAGGUACAGGAAAAACGUUCACCAUGGAGGGAGAAAGAACACCAGGAGACAAAUACAGCUGGCAAGAUGAUCCAUUAGCAGGGAUCAUUCCAAGAGCCAUGCACCAUCUCUUUGAGAAAUUACCACAACAAGAGGACUGUGCAGAGUUUUCAGCAAGAGUUUCAUUUCUUGAAAUCUAUAAUGAAGAGUUAUUUGAUUUACUGGGGACAAGCAGUCUAGAUAGCCAGAGACUUCGAAUAUUUGAAGAUUCAUCUAAGAAGGGUUCUGUUGUGAUCCAUGGAAUUGAGGAGGUGAUUGUCCAUGACAGAAGUGAAGUUUAUGAGAUUCUUCAAAGGGGUGCCCAGAAAAGGCAAACAGCUGCCACUCUUUUAAAUGCUCAUUCAAGUCGAUCACACACUUUGUUCUCUGUAACAAUUCACAUGAAAGAAAACAACAUUAAUGGAGAAGAAUUCUUAAAAACUGGAAAAUUGAAUUUGGUGGACCUGGCUGGCAGUGAAAACAUUGGAAGGUCUGGGGCUGUAGACAAAAGAGCAAGAGAAGCAGGAACAAUAAAUCAGAGUCUUCUCACGCUUGGCCGUGUAAUAACUGCCUUGGUUGAACGGGCUCCUCAUGUGCCAUACAGGGAAAGCAAGUUGACACGAGUAUUGCAAGAUUCCCUUGGCGGUCGCACCAAAACAUCCAUUAUUGCUACUGUUUCCCCAGCUGCUGUCAACCUUGAGGAAACUUUGAGCACAUUGGAUUAUGCCUACCGAGCCAAGAACAUCCUCAACAAACCAGAAAUCAACCAGAAGCUCACAAAGAAGGCACUUAUCAAAGAAUAUACUGAAGAAAUCGAACGGCUGAAACGCGACCUUGUUGCUGCAAGGGAUAAGAAUGGAAUCUUCAUCUCUGAGGAAAAUUACACCGAAAUGCAAACGAAACUGCAAGCACAGAAAUCGUCAAUUCAGGAUUAUGUUGACAAGAUAUCUGCCAUGGAAAAGGAAGUAGAGAAAAUCACCUCACUUUUUAACAACACGAAGGGCGAGCUGGAGGUCACCUCGAAGAAUUUACAAGUGACGACGCAGCAGAGAGAUGAGAGACAGCAUCUAUUAGAGCAUCACGUGGAUAAAGGCAGCCAUCUGUAUGGUCAGGCGACAGAUUUAUUGAGAACUGUAGGUGAAAGUAUUUCUGACGUCGAAGGACUGCAUUCAAAGCUAGAUAGAACAAGCAACGUUCAUUCCCAUAACGAAAACAGCUGCAGCAUGUUCAAAUCAGAAAUGCAUAAAAACAUUGCAAGAAUGGGAUCGGACUUGGAGUUGUGCAGGAAACGGCAGCAAGGAUUUCUCUCAGCAAUCACUUCAAAGAUGGAUGAACUGGCACGCAUGCAGUCCUAUGCGAUGGAAGUGACUAGCAAAAUUGUACAAGAUCGAGCCUUCGACCUCACACAAAGCCUAGACACUGUCUCUUUGAAGAACAAGGAAUCCGUUGAAAAGACUGAUACUGAAAAUGAUGUCUUUUGUAAAGAAAUGCAGGCUGCUAAGGAUGAAUAUGUCACAAAGAUCAGGGACCACGAAAAUGCUUCUUUCUCCCCAAAAAUGUUGCUGAUUGGCGACAGUGUCAAGUCUAUGCACCAAGAAAUUCUUGCAUUUCAUGAAAAUAUUCGAGGAGAGAUCUUGCGCCAACAAGAAGAGGAAAAGAUGUUUGUGAAGCGACUCGAAGGACGCCUGAUGCUUAUCAAUGGUGCGGUUGACAAUCACAUGCAUGAUCAGGACCAGUCAUUCGAGCGAAUCCAACAAACCAACAGGACUUGGGUUGCAGAACGGGAACAGCUGAAUCAGGAAUUGCUACAAGGUUUCAUGUCAGAAGUGACGGAUGUCUUGUCGUCUAAACUACAAAAUUUAUUCUGUAAACAAACCGAACAAGCCAAGAAAGGCCUAAAUGUGAUUGAGGAGGAAGUUGUUAGUCUCCAGAAACACGAACAAGCGCUACAGCAGAAUGUCUCCAGUCAAGUAGCGUCAAUACUGAGCAAUGCUAAUUCUUUUGGAUCGACCACUGAUUUGUGGUUUUCACAAAGACUGGUCGAUUUUGAAGCAUCAGACACAAUGGUCAAAGACCACUGCGACAGCGUCAGUGCUCAAGCGCAAGUUGUGUCGAAUGCCGAAGAAGCAUUCUUAAACGAAAUUUGCCAGAACUUGGAGUCAAACCAAGACAAGUUAAACAAUUUUGCCGAGGAUGGCCUUGAAAAACGUCAUUCUGAUCUCGAAGAUAUGUUGGAGUGUACUGCAGCAAUAAUGCAUCAAGAGAAUGACUUUGCUGGAAGAAUUCAAGAGAAAAGUGAUACAGAUAUUGCUGCUCUUAACGAGGCCAGAGAUGACAUCAAUCUAUGCGUGGAGGAAGAGUUCAAGGAGACAUCAGCGUGGACCGAUCAAUUGACAAGUCGAAAUGAGAGUUUACAAGAAGAUAUUGAUCAGUUCCUGGAUAAAAGAUUACAGCGUGUGGUUCCUACAGGUGAAACUCCUCAGAGGAGAAAAUUUGAAUAUCCAGCUGAUCUAGCUAAAACAGAGCCUCACGAGCUUCUUAUUGCCAAGUUUAGACAGGAAAAUGACCUCCCUUCGAUAGACUUUGACGAAACAGAGGAAAACGAAAUCGAAACACCUUGUGUUGACAGUCCUUCUGAAGACAAAGAAAAUAAUGUUGCAAAUGUUCAAAGAACAAUGAUCAAUUCUGAAAAAUCUGGCAAAGAGAACUCUUCUCCUGCAAUAAAAGCUAAAAACUUUAGUGACAGCCCAAGUGGGAGGAGCAAGUUGCCGCUUAGAACUGCAAUUGUCAAUUGAAAAUCUUAAAUCCCUUUUUCUGUUGGAAUGUUUCCUAUAUCAUUUUGGUCAGCAUCUGAAUGUAUAAAAGAAUGAUCCGAAAAAUUGCAGAGAGACAUUCACAAAGAUGCAAAUUUAAAUUAUCUUUGAAGACACUUAUGUUUGUAUUCUAAUUUCAUUUUAUUUAGAACAUAUCGCUAAUUGGCGUACAAUUACGAAUGUAUAUACACUGAUAUCCACCAACAACCAGUUGUUAUCUCUAUUUUGGUCGUAUGUGUUUGCAGCCCCUCCUUGAUUUUCUCUACAAUAUCAUAUUUUUAUUAGCAUGGGCCGCGUUUGCAUUGAACCCAACUAUUGAAAAUAUUAUUUUGCUGUCACUGGCCUAACUUCGCUAUACAGUUGCAUUGAUAAAUUGUUUUUACUUGCUCACUUUUAAUCUUUCUGUUUGUAUAUAAAGUCAAGUUGUAUGAAUCAAUUUAAAGUC